GGGCGGGAGGGGACGGGGUGGGGACCGGCCAUGUCGGAAGUGACCAGGAGUCUGCUGCAGCGGUGGGGCGCCAGUUUUAGGAGAGGCGCCGACUUCGACUCUUGGGGCCAGCUGGUGGAGGCGAUAGACGAGUAUCAGAUAUUAGCAAGACAUCUACAAAAAGAGGCCCAAGCUCAGCAUAAUAAUUCUGAAUUCACAGAAGAACAAAAGAAAACAAUAGGCAAAAUUGCAACAUGUUUGGAAUUACGAAGUGCAGCUUUACAGUCCACACAGUCCCAAGAAGAAUUUAAACUGGAGGAUUUGAAGAAGCUAGAACCAAUCCUAAAGAAUAUUCUUACAUAUAAUAAAGAAUUCCCAUUUGAUGUUCAGCCUGUUCCAUUAAGAAGAAUUUUAGCACCUGGUGAAGAAGAGAAUUUGGAAUUUGAAGAAGAUGAAGAGGAGGGUGGUGCUGGAGCUGGGUCUCCUGAUUUCUUCCCUGCUAGAGUUCCCGGUACUUUAUUACCAAGGUUGCCCUCAGAACCGGGGAUGACGUUACUCACUAUCAGGAUUGAGAAGAUCGGUCUGAAAGAUGCUGGGCAGUGCAUCGAUCCCUACAUUACAGUUAGUGUAAAGGAUCUGAAUGGCAUAGAUUUAACUCCUGUGCAAGAUACUCCUGUGGCUUCAAGAAAAGAAGACACAUAUGUUCAUUUUAAUGUGGACAUUGAGCUCCAGAAGCAUGUUGAAAAAUUAACCAAAGGUGCAGCUAUCUUCUUUGAAUUCAAACACUACAAGCCUAAGAAAAGAUUUACCAGCACCAAGUGUUUUGCUUUCAUGGAAAUGGAUGAAAUUAAACCUGGGCCAAUUGUAAUAGAACUAUACAAGAAACCCACUGACUUUAAAAGAAAGAAAUUGCAGUUAUUGACCAAGAAACCACUUUAUCUUCAUCUGCAUCAAACUUUGCACAAGGAAUGAUCCUGACACAAAUGUCCUGGAACGUCUGUGAAUUUUACCACUCAGUCAAAACCAUCAUAGCUCUGUGUAGCAUAUUCACCCUUCAACAAGCAGGAAGUGAGCUGUACCCAUGCCAGUAGGCCAGAGUAAGUCUGAUGCACAGCUGUGCCACAGAUUUUCAAGUCCAGCACAUCACUGACAUCAAAGACUCCUUUGGAUAUGGGCUUAAUAGAGAUUUGGAGACAUGUUUUUACUUUUCUAUUAAUUGUGCAAUUAAUAGUCUAUUUUCUAAUUUACCACUAUUCCUACCCUGCCUCCUGGAACAACACUGUCAUGGGUAGGACGUGCUCAUCUUCAAACUGAAUACAGCAAUAAGAAUGUGCUAGAGUUUACAUAUCUGCUCACUCCUGCUCCAGUAUGUUUUGGUUUUUGAGUUAACUUCAAACUUUGGGUUGAUAUGGGUAGGAUAACAUGAAACUGCUUUGAGAAGAAUUGGACCAGUUAUGCUGCCUAAGAAGGUUAGUUUGGAAAUUUAUAAGCUGCUCCUCAGAGGUGGCUUAAAGUUCUGAGUGUUCCUGCUUAGAAAUUGUGUGCCUUGGCUAGAUCAGUGUCCCAUGUGGGAGUGUGCCCCCAAUUUUAUCCAUUUUUCCAGAUAACCAGGUUGUUUUUUGAAAAGUGGACACAUUUUUAGUCAUGUUGAUUAGCUGUUCUAUAUCACAUUGCUAUUAUUUCCGAUAAUGAUUCUAGGGGUAAUGUUGGAAUCAUCUCAGAAUAAUUACAAAUUUUUAUGAGUAUUCAGCUACCAUAAAAUAGCUGGCAGGUGGUUUUAAAAUGUCUACCAAAUCAUGUAGUCUAAAAAUAAUGAAUCAGAUGCUAACAGGAUACUGCAGGAAUAACUGCUGUUUUUCUGACAACUGAUUGUGAAACCUUAAACCCUGCAUACCUCUUCCUGUAGUAGAGAGUAUGCACAUCUGGAAAGAUACUCUAUUUUCUUUUCUGAUAUAGGUAGAUAGGCUUGCCAUUUAUUUCCUAUUUAGAUACAUUGACAUUCAACCAUAUGAAAAUAUGCAGGUCAUUAGCUUAUUAUAAUUUGACUAUUUACAUUACUUUUGACUGAAUAAUGGGGCAUAAAUAAAACUUUCAUAGUAGACAUGAAGUGGAUAUUUGAUACACAAAACUUUGAUUCGCAGUGGGCUUUCUGUGGGUUAGAUAUAGAACCCACAUAUUUUAAUAUUCACUGUUUUAAAUGAACAAUGCUAGCAUGAGGGGAAUGCAGUGUCAGUACUUGGCCUAUUUUUAAACUAGUGUAACCCUAGUCAUACAAUUUGUUUGCUUUUUAAAUUAACCACAGUAAAUUGUUUUAGCCCUUGCACUUCAAGAGAUCUUGUCUUUACUUUCAGUUGUCUUAUUAGGUCAAUUCUGUUUACUGGAUAGAUGUUAAUAAAAACUCUAUGAGCCUGAAAGAAUUCUCAACUAAAUCUAGUCUUGUCUCUUAUCUUGAUUGGAUUAAUUCCAAAUUCUAAAACGAUUAAAUCUACAAGAGUGCUAGAAGAUGAAGAAUUUGCCUUACUGAAUCACUUUGUUAUUUACUUAACACUUAGACUAUGAGUUGUCAGAUCCCUAGACUGUAAGCUCCUCAAGGGGCAAGAACCACCUUUUCUCCUUGUCAUGUAAAUUUUCGAAGGUGCUUGGCAGCACCCUGUACCCUGUGGAGUACUCAAUACCUUUAAUUUGAUGUUGCUGAGGAGACCUAAAAAAUAAUCCCUUAAAAAAAACUAUUACAACUUAGCAAAACUGAUAAA